AUGGGAGGGCAGGCCAAGCCAACCCACCCCUUGUUGUCGAGCCGCGACUCACUCACUCCCCUCCCAUCCUUUAUCGAACCGCGUAACCUUCCUGAUCUGGACAUUCUUCCCCACAUGUCGAUUUCGCCUCAACCCUGGAAUUUGAUCUCACGUGUUCAUAAGACAUCAGCCUGUCCCAUUGCUUCAAUCAUCAGUUCCCACACUCCAAUCUCCAGCCAUUUGAAGCUUACCAUACUCUCCUCGCUUACUCGCAGCUCACUUCACUUCACCCUGUUACACACACUCCUUGUUUCAACUUUACUGCACGGUAGCAUGGCGUCCAUUCGCAACCCAUCCUUCCUGCUGCUGGCUCUCCUCGCAAUCGCAGCAUACGCGUCUUUCGCUACUGGCCAGACGGAGCCGUUCCUCGUCACCAAGGCGCGCACGACGAGAGCCUACGCCAUCAACUGUACCAGGGAUUCCGCCACCGCGAACGCCACCGCGGCGCUGAGGGCGCAGGAUGUUAUCAAUGCAAACGCGACGCUCGCGAACGCAACGGCGGCGUACAACGACGCGUUACCCCUCGUUAACCGCCUCAAGAUUGUCCUCGCGAACAAGAUCGCCGCGAAGAACGCCACGGCCGCCGCGAUCCCCGCUCUCCAGAACGCCACGGACGAGGCGCAGGCGCAGCUGGAUAAGCUCGUCGCGCAAGGCACUGACGAGACGUCGCUUUUACAAGCCGUGGAGGACGCUAAGCGACGCGCCAACAUGACGGCGCAAUUGGUGGACGACCAGCAGGGCGAGGUCGCCGACGCGAACAUUGAGGCGAUCGACGCGGCGAAGAAGGCGGCCGACUCGAGCCUCACAGGCUCCGAUCUGGCCGCAGCGCAAGCCAAGCUGGCCGAGGCGAUGGCGGUGAAGGCCCAAGCCGAGUCCAUUCUCAAGGACAUGGUUGACCAAGCGAAUCGCGCGGCGGAUUUCUUGGUUAAGAGGCAGAAUGAUCUCGACAAUCCCGAUGCGGUGCAGGCGGAGCUUAUCAAGCAGCAGCAGGCCGUGGAGAACGCUAAGGCGGAUCUUGCCGCGGGCAUUGCUGCGGAUCAGGCGGCGGCUGCGGCGGUCACGCAGGCGCAGUUUGACGUGAGUUACGCGAACGCGUCCAUCCCUGCAAAGUCGGCGAAUGUGUCGAACGCGAAGAUUCUGUUGAGCAAGGCGAACACUGCGAAGACGAGCGCGGAUAAUACCGCGAAUCUCAUGGCAUCGCGCGCCUACAAUGCCACGAUCGCUGCGCAGCAGGCCGAAGCUGCUGCGAAGGCCGCAGGGUACACGUGGGUGUGGUAA